AUGCGGACUCUCCUUGGCUUUGUGCAUUGCUGCUGCUGCUGCUGCUUCUUGCUCCUCCUGCCUCCGCCGCUCUGGGUCAGCCUGGCAGCGGCCAAGCAGCUCCUGAGGUACCGGCUAGGGGAGGAGAGCCCCGCCGACAUCCGCAUCGGCAACGUGGCUUCCGACCUGGGAAUCGUGACGGGCUCCGGAGAGGUGACAUUCAGCCUGGAAUCGGGCUCCGACUAUCUCAAGAUCGAUAACAUGACCGGGGAGCUGAGCACCACGGAGCGGCGCAUCGACCGCGAGAAGCUGCCGCAGUGCCAGAUGAUCUUCGACGAGAACGAGUGCUUCCUGGACUUCGAGGUGUCGGUCAUCGGCCCCUCGCAGAGCUGGGUGGACCUCUUCGAGGGCCGGGUCAUCAUCCUGGACAUCAACGACAACACCCCCACCUUCCCUUCCCCUGUCCUCACGCUUACCGUGGAGGAGAACCGGCCCGUGGGGACCCUCUACUUGCUCCCCACCGUGGCCGACACCCUCGACGGGGAGAAGCAGCCGCAGCUGAUCGUCAAGGGGGCGCUGGAUCGAGAGCAGCGGGACUCCUACGAGCUCAGCCUCCGCGUGCGGGACGGCGGCGAUCCGGCGCGGUCCUCGCAGGCUAUCCUGAGGGUGCUGAUCACCGACGUGAACGACAACAGCCCCCGCUUCGAGAAGAGCGUCUACGAGGCAGACCUGGCAGAGAACAGCAGCCCCGGGACCCCCAUCCUGCAGUUGCGAGCCGCCGACCUGGACGUGGGGGUGAACGGGCAGAUCGAGUACGUCUUUGGGGCGGCCACCGAGUCCGUCAGGCGCCUGCUGCGGCUGGACGAGACCUCCGGCUGGCUCAGCGUCUUGCACCGCAUAGACCGGGAGGAGGUGAACCAGCUUCGCUUCACUGUCAUGGCCCGAGAUCGGGGCCAGCCCCCCAAGACAGACAAGGCCACGGUCGUGCUGAACAUCCGUGAUGAAAACGACAACGUGCCCACCAUUGACAUCCGGAAAAUCGGGCGCAUCCCGCUCCGCGACGGGGUGGCUAGCGUGGCUGAGGAUGUGCUGGUGGAUACCCCCAUUGCUCUGGUGCAGGUAUCGGACCGGGACCAAGGUGAAAACGGUGUGGUGACCUGCACCGUGGUGGGCGACGUGCCCUUCCAGCUCAAGCCGGCCAGCGAGGGCGAAGGGGAGCCGCAGAACAAGCGCAAGUAUUUCCUCCACACCUCGGCCCCUCUGGACUAUGAGGCUGUCCGCGACUACAACGUGGUGAUCGUGGCUGUGGACUCAGGCAGCCCCAGCUUGUCCAGCAACAACUCCUUGCUGGUGCGGGUUGGGGACACUAACGACAACCCUCCCGUGUUCAGCCAGGCUGUGCUGGAGGUCUCCUUCCCGGAGAACAACUUGCCCGGCGAGAGGGUGGCCACGGUGGUCGCCACAGACGCAGACAGCGGCAAGAAUGCCGAGAUCACCUACUCCCUGGAGGCCUCACCCCUCUCCUCAGAGGCGCCAGGCGGCAUCUUCAGCAUCGACCCUGACUCUGGGGACGUGUCAGUACAGGCGGUGCUGGACCGCGAGCAACGCGACACCUACGAGUUCCAGGUGACGGCCCGGGACAAGGGGGUGCCAUCGCUGCAGGGCUCCACCACGGUGGUGGUGCGGGUGGCGGAUCGCAAUGACAAUGAGCCGCGCUUCAUGCAGGACGUGUUCACUUUCUAUGUGAAGGAGAACCUGCAGCCCAACAGCCCCGUGGGCAUGGUGACCGUGAUGGACUUCGACAAGGGCCGCAAUGCCGAGCUCAGCCUCUCCAUCCAGCCCGGCGACCACGACCAGGCAGCCGGCAUCUUCUCCAUCGAGAACGACACUGGAACCAUUUUCUCCACUGUCUCUUUUGACCGGGAGCAGCAGACCAGCUACACUUUUAAGGUGAAGGCUGUCGACGGAGGUGAGCCACCACGCUCUGCCACCGCCACUGUGUCCCUCUUCGUGAUGGAUGAGAACGACAACGCGCCCACGGUCACCUUCCCCAGCAACAGCUCCUACACCGUGUUGCCACCCUCCAGCAACAUGCGCACCGUGGUGGCCACAGUGGUCGCCACCGAUGCCGACACCGGUCUCAACGCCGACCUCAACUACAGCAUCAUUGGGGGCAACCCCUUCAAACUCUUCGAGAUCGACCCGGCCAGCGGUGUGGUGUCACUGGUGGGCAAGCUGGCUCCCAAGCACUAUGGCCUGCACCGCCUCGUGGUGCAGGUGAACGACAGUGGGCAGCCGCCCCAAUCCACCACUGCCCUGCUCCACGUCUUUGUCAAUGAGAGCCUGUCCAAUGCCACUGUGGUGGAGAGCCAGGUGGCCCGCAGCCUCCACACGCCCCUGGCCCAGGACAUCGCCGGUGACCCCAGCUACGAGCUGAGCAAGCAGCGACUUAGCAUAGUUAUCGGCGUAGUGGCCGGCAUCAUGAUCGUCAUCCUCCUCAUCCUGGUGGUGGUCAUGGCCCGCUACUGCCGCUCCAAGGGCAAACACGGCUACGAGGCUGGCAAGAAGGACCACGAGGAUUUCUUCACCCCGCAACAGCACGACAAGGCCAAGAAGCCCAAGAAGGACAAGAAAGGCAAGAAGGGCAAGCAGCCCCUCUACAGCAGCAUCGUCACCGUUGAGGCUUCCAAGCCCAAUGGGCAGCGCUACGACAGCGUCAACGAGAAGCUCUCGGACAGCCCCGGUAUGGGGCGGUACCGCUCGGUCAACGGCGGCCCGGGCAGCCCCGACCUGGCCAGGCACUACAAGUCAAGCUCGCCGCUGCCCACCGUCCAGCUGCACCCGCAG